CUUCAGUUCUUCGCGACACCUCGUGAAAUGCGCGCCGUUUUUAGGUUUUGCCUAACGGAUCGGUCGCUCGUGUCGUGUCGUCACCACUCGUGUACACGCACACCAUCCGCGAAUCUGAUUCGUCCGUGGCCGGACGAUCGUGACUUCCUGCCUCGUGGUGCGUGGGUUGUCAUCCUAAAAACGUGUGGUGGAACCACCGGCAAUCUUCCAUUAUAUAUGCCAAUCACAAUAUAAAAAAGAAAUUUGAACUUUUUCUAUUUUUUUUUUUUUUUGAGGGGGUGAAAAAAAGAAUUUAUAAAAGAGAGAAAGAAUAAAAAUUUAAUUUUCUUUUUCUCAUUUUGUAAAAGUAAACACACACACAUAUAGAUACACACGUGACUUCCGGUCUCAAAUGGAAAGCUGCGACUCCUCAAAUGAAUGCAAACAACUCAUUGAGAGAUUACAAUAAUCCUUGGGACAAUGCUCGUCAUGAACAAUUUUGAUGAUGAUAACCACAAGUAAUGGGAGGAGAGAGGUUAUGGUGGACAUGGGGAAUGGCACGUGGAACCAUACCAAAUACAAGUCUUUUAAUUGCAUCUACGGAAUCGUUUUGGAACGCCUCUAUCGAACAAGAGGCCUUCAACGUCACAGAGAAUUUAACUUGGUACAACCCCGGUAAUUUCUCCGAGGAGAAACAUGAUUUUCUCCUCAUGAUAGUGACCGCCAGCUUUCUCGCCCUUCUCAUUCUAAUCACCAUUAUUGGCAACGUUUUCGUGAUAGCCGCCAUUGUCCUGGAACGCAAUUUGCAAAGUGUAGCCAAUUAUUUGAUUCUCUCUCUUGCCGUUGCGGAUCUUCUAGUGGCUCUUUUAGUCAUGCCUUUGGGAGCCGUGUACGAAGUGUCUCAUGAAUGGGCUCUCGGACCGGAACUUUGUGACAUGUGGACCAGCAGUGACGUUCUGUGCUGCACAGCCUCGAUAUUGCAUUUGGUUGCAAUCGCUCUCGAUAGAUAUUGGGCGAUCACGAAUAUAGACUACAUUCAUCAUAGAACGGGUAGAAGAAUUGGCGUAAUGAUAGCAGUUGUCUGGUUGGUAGCAUUUCUCGUUUGCAUUGCUCCAUUACUUGGAUGGAAAGACCCGCAUUGGGAAACUAGAGUAAUCGAUGACAAAUCAUGUGUUGUCAGUCAGGAUAUUGGAUACCAGAUAUUUGCAACUGCAUCAUCAUUUUAUCUUCCCUUGUUUGUCAUUCUCGUGCUUUACUGGAGAAUAUUUCAAACAGCACGAAAACGCAUUCGUAGAAAACCAGGACAGCCACCUGCUCAAGGUGUAACAAGGUCAAUGGGUGAUCCACCCAGACCGAUAGGGGGUACACAUGCCGUUGGAGGGGCGUUGGCUCAAGCUCAAACUUCCGGAGGAAUUGCAGCUGCGGUUGUUGCUGUUAUCGGUCGACCAUUGCCCACAUUAUCCGAAACGACCACUACGACGAAUAACACGGUAUUGACGACCGCAAGCUCAGCUAAUACGUCACCGGAAAAAACUUCGUAUCACAAUGGUUUGGAACCAGAUCCACCGACGGAUGCAUCACCACGACCAGUUACAAUUCGUAGGAAAAAAAUAGCCGCCGAAUCGAAACGCGAAAGAAAAGCAGCGAAAACACUAGCAAUCAUCACCGGAGCUUUCGUCGUUUGUUGGCUACCAUUUUUUGUCUUAGCCAUUUUACUUCCAAUGUGUAAGACAUGUAACAUCAGUGACCACCUAAUAGCCUUUUUUCAAUGGCUCGGGUAUUUCAAUUCUACUCUGAAUCCGGUGAUCUACACAAUAUUCUCACCGGAAUUUAGAAGCGCUUUCAAGAAGCUACUGUGCAGGCACAGAAGGAGCGUUGGACGAAGAAUGGGCACUCGCCAUUAUAUGUAAAACUCAAAAUUAGGUUUAGUGUAGUAGUUAAAAAAAAAUAUAUCAACGUGUUUUUUUUCCUUCUUUCUUCAUUAAAAUUAAGUCAAAAUCAUAUUUUUAUUUACCACUGAUUAAAAAUUGUUAAAAAGGCAUUUUAUUAAAAAAAAAUUUUUUUUUCUAAAAAAAGGAAAAUCUGUAAAUUUUCUGAUUCUAAUUAGCAUUUUUUUUACACAAAUAUAGUAACUCAACGAAUUUUUUUAGUUCUUUUUAAAAGUCAUCAUCUUCCUGGGGAGGGAUAAUUAUUUCUUUUCAUCAAAAAAAAAAAGUAGGUAACUGACACGAAUGGCACUCGUUAGAAUGCUAUCCAGAAUUUCUUUGCAAAAAUUAAAAUAUCUACAAAUCUCUAACCAUAUAUAAUUAUUUAAUUUUCAAUUUAUAACAAUUUCAAAAUUUCUUUUUCAUUUUUUCACAUUACAUUCUGUAAUAAAUAUAUAUAUUCGUGUAAUAAAAAUUUAAAAUGAUAAAAUUUUUGUGAAAUAUCAAAUUCGAAAUUUAAUUUCGAAUAAUUUAAUUUUUUCCCAAAUUUAUAUAAUUAAAUAAAUUUGACAAGAAAUAUCAAAUUUAUUUUAAUAAAUCAUAAAAUGAUUAAUAUAUAAUUUUAAUAUUAUAUUAAAAUAAUGUAAAAAUUAUAGUACAUAUAUAUAUUUAUUGUUAAAUUUUUUUCAAAAAAAAAAAAAUUAUAUUUUUCUAAAUUUUAAUGACGUUUUGUGAAUGGAGAAUGAGAAAAAAAAGAGAAAGAAAUUUUGUCAUCUCUCAUCGCAUGAAUAUGUAUAUUUCCUCUUAGGUCUUGGGAAAAUUAAAUUAUGGUUGAAGACAAGAGGGUCUAGGAGAAUUUACAUUAAACCCGCAUGUGUGAGUUUAAUUUUAAAUGAAAACUACAGCAUGACAUUGGCACGAUAAAUGGAGUUAAACAAUAACUGUAAAGUUGGAACAAAAGAAGAGAGAAAAAUAAAUACGAACCUUGGCUGGUUUUUUUUUUUUUUCUUCUUUCCAUUGCUCGGAGCAUACACACUCACACACACUUUUCUUCUUUAAGCGUCAUUUUCUCAAAAGAAAAUAUUUCACCAUUUUUUUUUCAUCAAGGUCAGGAAAAUAGUUGCCUUCGACGAUGCAAUCUGUCCACACGAAAAUUUGUCAAGUUUUUUUUUCCCAUCAAAUUUUCCUUCAUGUCCUUUCUGAAACAAAUUUAGUUUUUUUUUUUUUUUUGAGAAAAAUAUUCAUUAGAAAAUCUAAUUAAAAAUCUAUUUAAAAAUUUGCACAUAAAUGUUUUAUUUCUUUUUCUUGUACGGAAAAAAAUUAAUUUUAUUUUUAAAUGAAAGAAUAAUACUUUAAUGUGGAUGGGGAAAAAAAUUUUCGUUGUCGUCGACUCGACUAUAUAUAUGUGUUUGUUCAAAAAAAAAAAAAAAAAAGUCUGCUUUCUAUCUCAACGAAAAGUUUGUAGCUUUCAUCCUUCAAAUCUAUGUACCCUCAAGAGGACUUAAGGCAAAAAAAUACUGAUAAUGCCUUUAAGCCCUCUUAAUAUAAAAAAAUAAAUUCUAAGUACCUUCGUAACACAAGAGUCAUGUAAGCUUUUGCUUAUGAAAAAUGUAUAAAUCAUAUAGAGAGAGAGAGAGAGAAAGAGAAAUGAAAAAAGUUUUCAGUUUAUUAAAAUUUAUAUACAUUAAUACAUAUUAAUUAAAUAUAUUCGAAAAUUUUUCCAUUUUUCUCUUACAUAUUUAUUUCAAAAUCGAAAAAAAUAGUUAAAUAAAUAAAAAAACUUUCAAAUUAUAUAAUUUAGUUUUUUUAAAAAAGUAAAUAAGAAGACCAAGUAAAAUUGAAGUUAAAAAAAAAGUUCAAGCUUCCAUUGAUUCUUGAAUGACGAAAUGUUGUGCGACUGAUAUAAAUGUACAUUAUUUAGAAGUAGUUAGUGAAUUAAAAAAAUAUAUAUAUAGUAAUAACGUAAAAUUAUAUAUUCCCUAUGUAGUUUUUUCUAAUCUUCUAAAUUUCACGAAUUGUAUAAAGAUGUACUUAAUUGUAAAUCUUAAAAUUAUUGAGAGACGUGACGCGCGAAUUACGUCUAAAGAACUGAAAAAUAAGUCAUUGAAAAUAAUAUUCGUGCUCUAAAAAAACAAAAAUCAAAAUAAAAA